AUGAAAGACCUCGGUCCCCGAAUCGGGGCAGCGAUCGGUCAGGAGAUCCUCGAUCUCAAAUUUCUGAUCGGAGCGGACGUUCUUGAAUCUCUGUCAAUCAAUCUUGAUUGUCUCAAGCUACCUACACCGAACCAUUUCGCGAUCCUUGAAAAGAACAACCUUCGCUUGGUUCGUACAUUCUUGCGGCGUCUAAUGGUUAAGGACACAGACUUGGGCUCGCUACCCCGAGACAGUCACAGCAGGCGUCAAGUAGCCCUUCAUCACCGAUGUGAUAUUCAAAUGCAUCUGCCCAUCCGUAUCGGCAAUUUCACGGACUUUUUGCUGACGUAUACCACGCUAAGAACACAUUGUUCGUCCUGGUCAAGGACUGAAUGCAAACUAUUACCACCUUCCGACAGCAUAUCACGGACGAGCAUCUUCAUUCGUGGUCUCGGGCACAUCAGUUCUUCGCCCUAG